AUGGACCUCACCAUUAGCAUUUGGGUCUUCUGGAUCCUCUCCUACUGCCUCUGUGAUUCAGAAGCCCGAAAAUAUGAAGCUAUCCUCUCUGUGCCAAAUGGAGGACGAUGGGGCACCUGGGGACAGAGAGAAUUUUGUCCCAUGGGACAUGCUACUGGCUUUGCACUGAAGGUGCAACCACCCCAAUCAGUGUGGGUUGACGAUACGGGUAUGAACGGUAUUCGUCUCGAAUGUACUGAUGGGACAACCAUUGAAUCUAAGAGUGGACGGUGGGGAUACUGGACAGAGACUUCUUAUUGCCCGAAAGGUAACCUGAUUGCUUUUGUUCUAAAUGUGCAAGGAAGCCGGGGGCUCUUUCUGGAUGACACUGCAGCUAACAAUAUCAAGUUCUACUGUGACAGUGGGACAACUCUGAUAGGUAAUGCAUAUGAACAUGGUCUUUAUGGAGAAUGGAGUGAAGUCUGCUCUGUUGGUGCCAUAUGUGGAAUCCAGGCAAAGACUGAAGCUAAGCACGGUGGCGCUGAUAAGACAGCAUUGAACGAUGUGAAGUUCUUCUGCUGUGAUUGA